CGUCUAGACACCUUCAGACUGCACGAUCGCCUGGACGCUCCACACCGUCGUUGCUCUGAUAACGACCAAUUUCUGAUUAGUGGCAAGUGUUUUAGUGUGUUAAUACAGACUCCAUCCAAUUAAUCACAAGAAAUGCCGCGCUUGCCUUAAGCCGCAUCCUCGUCUACCUGGUCCGUGGACAUGGUGUCGAACAUGACGGACUCCAAGCUGGGGAUGGAGUCGGUGUCGCCGGUGACACUGAGUUCUGACUGGUCCCGACUGGCCCGACUUAUAUUCCUUGCUUCUCUUGCCGCUGUCGGAAGCGUUGGUAAUGUGUUUAUGAUAAGCGCCGUCAUGAUUGAAGAUUACCUCCGGAAGCGAGGUAACACGUUCGUGGUAAGCGUGGCAUUCGCCGACCUGCUGGUGACGGGACUAGUAAUCCCUGCAUCCGCUGUCGUGAUACUGGCAGGCCUUCCGGAGAACCUCCCCGUGUGCAAAUUCCAGUGGUUCCUCGCGACGCUGUGUUUCCUGGUAACAGUCCUCUCUCUCACAGCAAUCGCCGCCGAAAACUACGUCCGUCUGUGCUACUCCUCCACGACCUACGACCUGUUGAGCCGCAGCAAAAUCACCACAAUUCUCCUACUUUUGUGGAUCGUAAGUUCCGUCACUUCGAGCCUCCAAUUCGCCACUGACUUGACCUUCGACUACUGCACCAGGAAGAACCCCGGCCUGAUCCCGUACCAGGCGACCAUUGGCGUGGUGUUUGUGUUCUUGCCCAUAAUCUUGACGUUUUUUAGUUACGUGCGGACCGCAUAUCACAUACGCAGGGCCAAAACGCGGCCCAACUUCAAACCCCCCGUCACUUUCAACUGGGACUACUCGCUCAUGCACAGCAAUCUGUACAGUUUUCUUUUAUUUGUGGUCUUCUGGCUUCCGUUUGGCGUGGUUCUUGCGGUCGGAACUGUGAAGGAAGUUCACAACAGUUUGUUUUAUAAGCUGGCCUGGCUGGGGAUCACCAAAUCUUGCAUUAACAGCAUUUUGUACUGCAUUACCAACAGACACUUUCGAGGGGCUUACGUUAACUUGUUUCACUACUGCUGCUGCAAAACCACGGUGACCUUCUCCAGGAGGCAGCGGCCGGAGGGCGUCCGGCCCUCCGGGGACGUCCGGGUCCACAUCAUUCCAGGUUAUAACAUGUACUGCAGUCCGCAGAGGAGCCGCGAGGGGCAGAGCAAGAGGUGCUCGUCACGACCCAACGGCAGAGACGUCUACGAAUUAUGAUGAGACGAUUAUUACACCACCAGCAGAGGGGUGUGGAUUUAGAUAACAAAUUUAUCAAGAAUUUUUACUGAAAGAUUUUUGGUGGUAAUCGAAUCCUGCGAACUGAGCUUUAUUCCUGCUGUACUUAAUACGAAAUUAUUGUGUAUGCACAAAACCGGCAAACAUUCCGGAACGUCAGUAUUUUGUUGACUGUUUGAGCUUAUUAUUAGAAAAACAUUCCUUUAAUCAAGUUGAUUAAUUUUAGUGCUGUACAAACCGAAACUCGAACAGAUUUUAAAGCAUUUGUAAACAUGUUUCAAAGUUUGCUAAAUUCAAAUAAACCUCUUAAUCGAUGCAUCUUGGAUCUUAAUUUACUGCACACGCGCAGUUUUUAACGCCUUUUUAAAGCUUUAAUGAAUCGUUAUGGAAAUUCCUUCAAAAGACUGACUCGUAAUUUAACACAAAACAACUUGCGAUGUGUCAGAAUUUACACACAACUUUGCUGUUAUUACCUUGCCUUAUUAAAUUAAAAACAUCUUUCCACGUUUAUUCAUUAAAAGUACAAAGUGCAAUGUUGUUAUUUUAUUGCAUCUCGACUUAUUAAAAGUUUAUUUACAAGUUCCAUUGUUUAAAGAGAGUCUAUUACGUACUUUUAUUAAAGUCUGCAAAGUGUAAAUAAAGUGAAUAAUAUUUAUUUUACGACAAAAACUACUCACAACAAUCUUUGACCCGGCGCCUCCACCAUUUUUAACGCACAUGUAAAGAGUCCGCUGCAACAUAAAGACCGUCCAUAGCAUUAUUUGAAACGUUAUAUUAAAAAUAUAAACUACAAAACAUUGAAAAGUACAUUUAGCAUUUUACAGUGCCAUAAAAAUACAAAAUUAAAGUAACCUAGCUCCUUGUUAAAAUUUUGAUUUGUAAUUUAAAAAUAAAUCCUCUAAAGUAGUUAUUUGUUGCCAAAACGCUAAAUGGGCUUUUCGGUCACCUCCACUGACGCACAAACUUUCUUUAAGACACUGUUGAAUUGUUAUGAUUGCUAGCUUUAAAUACCACUUAGGAUAGUUUUGUUUAAUUGUUGGUCUGGCAAAAGUCCGGCCAGGAUAAGAAUCGGUCUCGUAUUGUUUUAUGCAAUAAUAUGAGAAAUAAGAUCCAAGAUUCAUCACGUGGACUAUAUGUUUGAUUCGAUUUGCACUUGGAAAAAAACAUGGCAUCCGCUUUUGUGAAAAAAUCAAAAUAUAGUUCAAAAUUUUUGCGGACCUAAUACCUGAGUGCCUAUCGCAAUAUUAUUACUUUACUUUAAUUGUAGACAAUACUGAAAUUUAUCAAAAUGGUAUUUUAUUAUUGAAAUAUUACUAAAUUUAAUCGCACCAACUAUAACUGUGUACUCUAGUCGAAAUGUUUUAUUCAUACAUAUAUUUAUGGAUAUAAAUGUACCCAAUUCCUAAUGUAAUAACAUGCUUGAGGAGACUUCAACUGAUCUGUGUAAGUUAUUAUGGUUUUUUCCACAAGCAGAUAAACUCUACCUAAUUAAAUUAAAAGAAAAAUUGUUAUGAAACGAGCAAAUUUGUCGGAGAAAUUGAUCAAUAAUUACGAGCUUUAACAUUGCACUCCUCUGACCUACAUUUUGACGUAUUAGUUCUCUGGCAGAUUUGCUUCGUUAGAAAUAUUUUUGGAAAUAAACUCACGAAACAGCAAAUGUCCAAUAACUCAUAAAGAUAAACUAACACGCAAAAUUGGUCGUAACAUGUAAUAAAUGUUGCCUUCUUCCCAGCUGUGAUCUCUCUAACGAAGAAUAGACAUUAAAAUGUAACAUAAUGUGAUAAGGGACCAUUGUGCUAAAUGGAUUGUUGGUGAUUACGAUUGCAUUUUUAUUAAAAAACAAUUUAAAACUGCUGGAUCACAUAAACGGAGGUUUUUAGGUAUGUCAGCUGCUUUUCAAAAAUGCUUUCACGUUAACUCAUUUUUAUUUAAAAUUACACCAAAAUUUAAAACAAGAACUUCUGCUUCUUGACCUGGGGGGCAAAGUCGCGGGGGAAGGUCUGCGUUUCCUGACUGACUUUUAGGGGGGCCUGGCUUAUCGGGUCCUCUUCAUCGAAUGUUUUUCGUAAAAUAUCCUCUAUAAAAUCGGUACAUGCCUUCGAUAAAAAUUCUUUCGUCAUGUAUUUGGCUUGCACGAGAUUUGUUUGCUUGUCCUGCAUUUUUUACGAAAAAUUUUGAUAACUUUUCACAAGGAAUUUUGGCACUUUUAGUGACU